GGCGGAAGUAGCGCCGGUCAGUUUACAGUCAGCUGUCAAACACACACGUGAUUUCCACUUUACACACUAUUAUGAUCCAUUCUUACUACAUUUCUGUGGAUUUAACUCACAUUUAAAUGAACCUGGAGCCCAGGAGGAGAGCAGUGCAGGAUGAUUCCUGUGGUUCCUGAGUCUUACACUCAUGUGUUGGCCGAGUUUGACUGUCUGGACCCCCUCCUCUCUGCCCUGCGACUGGACUCGGGCCGGAUCAAAUGCACGUGUCUGUCAGUGUCGAGGAAAUGGCUGGCUCUGGGCACAUCUGCCGGAGGACUUCACCUCAUUCAGAGAGACGGAUGGAAGCAAAAACUGAUCCUCACACAUAAAGAAGGCUCAAUCACACAGGUUGCAUGCUGUCCCCAUGAUGAGGACUUUAUCGCCGUAACAACGAGUCAGGGUGCGGUAGUUGUGUGGGAGCUACUCUUGGAGCGGCGUGGUCGUCCGGAGCGCACGUCUGUGUCCUGGGAGCAUCGCGGGCAAACGGUAACAUCUCUAUGCUGGGACACUGCGGCCCUCCGAGUGUUUGCCGGGGACGUUGGAGGAAAAGUGUCCUGCGUCCGAGUCGGGUCAUCCAAACAUGGGAAGGGCUCUGCAUUUGUCAUCUUCCCAGUUCAGACCAUCACCACGGUGGAUUCCCGUGUCGUCCAGCUGGGAUACACGGAUGGACACCUGGUGGUCUCGUCUCUCAGUCGCUGCUACCUGUGUGAUACAGAGAGGGAGAAGUUCUGGCGCGUGGGUAAUAAAGAGCGAGAUGGAGAGUUUGGGGCGUGUUUUCUCCCGCUGGGUCAGCGGGGUCAGGCGGCUGGACCUCCUCCUCUGCUGUACUGCGCCCGGCCGGGUUCCCGCAUAUGGGAGGCCAGUUUCACCGGAGAGGUUCUGAGUACACACCAGUUCAAACAGCUGCUGGGCUGCCCACCACUGCCACUCAUCUCUUACAAGAGUGAACCACAUUACAAUCCUGAACAAACGAGUCCACAGUCUCUACCUUUCCCAAGACUCCAUCAGUUUGGUGAACAACACCUGCUCACAUGGACGGAUUCGGCUAUCUACAUAUUCACCCCUCACAGCGGGCAAGUCUUGCUGUGGACAGAGGUCAAAGACGUAAUAGAGGUCGCAGUUUUCCGAAAUGAGCUGUUUUGUCUCCAUGGCGAUGGUCGUUUGUCUCACCUGUCGUUGGUGUCACCUGAGCGCUGCGUGGAUCGGCUUAUCAAGAAAGAGAACUGGACGCUUGCCGCAACCGUCACCUGCAUGUUUCAGCACGCUGUUAUUACAUCCAGGGCCAGGAAGUCCCUCCCCAUUGAUCGACUGGAGCAGCUCAAGGCUCAGCUAAACACCGGCUCACAGGAGCAGCUGAUUGAUCAGCUGGAGGAGGUGAUCAAUAAACUAGAGCCACUGGACUCCGCCUGUAGCAGCCGCAGGAGCAGCAUUUCCUCUCACGAAAGCUUUAACGUUUUGGACUGUGGUAUCUACCGCGUCAUCAGCCGAAGAGGCAGCCAAUCAGAUGAGGACACCAACUCCCUUGCCAACCAAUCAAUGCUUGAGGAGGAGCGGCUGAAGGAGUUCAGUUUCACAGAGGAGGAGCAGGGAGAGAACGAUGCUCAGUCUAUGUGUGGAGAGAGCGACAGGCCCGACCUCGGUCUGCAAUUCCUGCCGCUGUCUUUCCGCCCGAAACCACCACGAGUCGCUCUGCAGGCUGUGCGAGACAGUGUCUCUAACUUUGUGAAGAAGACCACAGAGAAGAUCAACACUCUUCAGAUGAAUACCGACCUUUGGCCUCGGCCUGACCUCAGGGAAGGUGUUCAAGGUGAGGUCACAGCUCCUGCGACCCCUCUUCCAGACGAAGUAGAUCAUGAUGUGAAUUUAGAGAAGACCAGUUCAGAGUCUGAGCUGCAGGAGUUGAGGGUCGCCACACAGAAAGCCAUCUCUCAGAUCCAGGACCCCAUGGUUUUGCUCGACCCUGUCUGUCUUCAAGAAGUGCUUCGAGACUGGGCUCUGGUUCUGGAGAGGGUCCUGGGCCCAGAAGAUCACACCAAACCCAGAGAAAUAGAAAAUGGAGCGACAAGAGGGGAGGAGAAGACCUUAGAAGAAGAGGAGGUCAUCCCAUCAAUGUCCUGUUGCAUUGUGAUUCAACCAGAGAGCUCAUUAGCAACUGACCAGGAUGAAUCCUCAACCCUUACUGAAAAAGAGGACCUUAGAGAGAGCAUUCCAUGUUCCACUGCCCCAGUCAGAGCGGCAUUUCCACCGCUCGCUAACACUGUCGAACUAGUCCAGCUGUUUUCCCCCAAACCUUUGCCUCCUGACCUUAACGCCGACCUCUCCCAGCUGGCCUGUCUUUACCUGGAUUUGGGCUGCCCUGGAGGAUGGAGGGAUGAGAGAGGAGGAAUGGAGCGUGUGUGUGUGUUCCUCAGGAGAUACUUCUUCCUGUUGGACCAGGAGAGAGUGAGGAAGAUGUGUAUGCUGAAGUACAGCAAGCAGCCGGAGGUGUUGAAGGCGUUUGUCGCUGGCAUGCUGGAGUUCACGCAGGCCAGUAAGGUGGUGGAGGUGAUUCAAAAGGGAGAUCUGCUGAAAUCUUUGCGCAGUUUGCAAGAAAUUCAACCCUGGAAUGCACCUCUGCUCCUCUCACACAUGUACAGACUCUAUGAGAAACAUGGAGAGGUGGCCGUUCGUGCCUUCCCACAGUUCUAUCCCACGAUUCUCCCCUCUGACAUUAUGGCCAUGGCUCUGCCCAGCCACUUCUUGCCUUAUCUGGACAAUCUCGUCCAAUCACGAGCCGAGCAGCAGAGGAUGUCUUUUCUGGGUUCUCUUCUCCAGCCGGAAACUCUGCGACAGGAUUGGCUGGAACUGGCUCUAUCCCGUGAUGCUCCACAAAAGGCUGACACACUCACUCCUGAUGGGCAGCCUAGGUGGCGCUCUCAUUUCUUCAGUUGGGGUUACGGACGUCUUUUGUCUCUUUUGAUUCGCUUACCUGCUGAUCUGACUUCCAAACAGAAAAUGCUGGAGACGUGUAGGACUCAUGGGUAUUGGAUGGGUUUCCUGUACCUGUGCAGAGAGCUGCAGCGACGGCUGGAGGCUUUCAAUGUCAUCUGCAGACUGGACGACAUGACAUUACUGGAGGAGGAGGAGGAUGGUAUCGUUCCUCAGUCUCUUGAUGAGUGGGUGUUGCUUCUCCAGCUCUCUCAGCAAAUCAGCAGCAGCAUCAGUGAUGAAGCCCCGCCCAAUGCAGCUCCCCCCACCAGCAGCAGUAUUAUCAGCACCACCAACGGAUCCUGCUUGGGUAAAACCAACGGGAACAGCACAAACAACAGUUCUACUGACCUGUCUAACAGUUCCAAUGACUGGAGCGUUCAUGUCAGCCCGGAAAACAUCAUCCUGCAUCUGGUGAGAGUUUUUGGGCCGGACCAGGCCCUGGCAGCCCUGCAGGACUCUGGGGUUCAGGUGGACCUCAGUCCACGGUCCACGCUGGUCUGUGAUCUGCUUCGCAUGGCUGAGAAGCGGCAGAGAGCGUUAAUUCAGACCAUGCUGGAGCGCUGUGAUCGGUUUCUGUGGUCUCAGCACGCCUGAGACCCCCGCUGUAAGGUCCUAAUGUCCACCUGAUCUCCACAUGUCCCUCCAGGAUCCAGGACAUUUCUUAGCUUUUCAGACCAGCGCUGUGAUUUGAGUGGUCAAUUGGAGGAAGUGUUGUGUGGACGUCACAUGACUUGAUUCGGGCAGUUCGUGCAUAAGUUUUAUACAUGUGUUUUUGAGGACCGCUUCAGUAUUUUGUCUUUUGUUUCCUGGUUAACUAUUUAAUAAGCUGUUGAAUAUACAGUAUUAACUAUGGGCCUUAUUCAUAAAAUUAUGAAUGUAUGAACUACAAGAGUUUUUUUUUUUUUUUUUUUUUUUACUAAUGCCAUGUUGUUUAACUGGUUUAACAGGCUGCUCUUAAUGAAAAGCACAAUAAAUAUAAAAAAAGUGUUGUCAUUUUGUGGUCCCAAAAUCUAAUGAGUCAGUACAACAACACUUUUGCUCGUGUGAUGUUGUUUUUAAGCUUCAAACACUUUUCAUUGGAUUUGAAUGGUAAAGUCAGCAGGGUAACAUUGUGUUACAUAAACACAUUUACAUCUUGUGCUAGCUUGGCACUGCUUACCUCUGUAGGUCAGCGAGUCACGUGUCUGUGUCACAAAUGUAAAGUUAUCCUCAUCUGUGCGUGUGAGAAAGAGAACCAUUUUUAAAUGACCAAACUGGAAUCCCCCGCUGACAUCCUCUGUUCUCCUCACUUUCCAAUUUCUCUUAUCAGACUUUCACUCUCUGAUGCUCCACUGACCUCUUUUCCAGAUGUGUGUUAUAUAUCUGAUCACACCUGUGUCAGUGUAAGCGUGCCAUCACUGGUGGACAGAGGCCAAAAGAUGAAAAGGGGAUUUAUGGGAAAUGCGGGGGUUGAUAUGGAGUCCUUUACUUUUGUUAAUGUUUUAAGUUUCGCAGUUGGUCACAGACGUUAACAGUACAAGCAAUCUUACCGCGUUGUUUACUAAGGCAAGCAUCACUAUUAUUAUUGUGCAUACUUAAGGUUUGGAAUUUGAACUAACCCUUUUCCUUAAUUGUUAAGCAUGUUAAGAACAUGUCUUCCUUUUGCCAAGACUUUGCAUGGACAACCACCACUCAUUUUCCUUAGAAUGUUAUAAAAGAAUAACUUGCAUGAGGAGCGAUUGGGUUGAUUACCCCAUUAGAUAGAGGAUGAUUCGAACUCGCGACUUCAGGGGUGGUAGUCAGCGUCAAUACUCGCUGAGCUACCCAGGCCCCCUAUGUAAAUGUUCUUAAAGGUGCAGUGUGUCAUUUCUGCACCACUAGCAGCACCCAAAGGAAUCACAAAAAUAUGACAAACCAAACAGGUUUCCUAAACACACGAUAAAAGACAGACCAACCGUAACCUCUGAGGUGGUUAACCAAUGGUAUAUGCUCCUGUUGAAGUGAUACGUUUGCGUUAUUUUGAAAUUAUUUUUUUUUUAUCGUGUUUAAUAGCAGAAUUCCUGAUGAAAAACUACACUACCCAUGAUCCUGCUGAGUAAGAUCCACCAGUCAGAGAAUGGCGGUGAACAAAGUGCACCAUAAGAGCUCUGCAGCGACCACUCGCUCCAGUGAUGCAUUGUGAAUGACGCAAUCGAGUCGCUCAACACUCUUAACUAUGAAUAUAUUUGUAUAUAUCUGAAUAUUUUCAAUAUAUUGUUUUUAUACUUGGAAUCAACAAAUUCAAAUCAAUGGUUUUACAUUGUUUUUAAUUCGAUUAUAUUCCCAAUGCUUCAUUGGUUUGUAGUUCAUUCCCUCUUGUUUGCUUCAAUCAGAUUUUGUAAUGUUGUGAUUCACUUUGGCGCUGGUUAGUUUGGUUCAUUGGUUCAAAAGGAUUUCAUGAAAUCCCUGUGGAAAAGAUGACUGGGAAAAAAAAACUCGUAGUUUCAUCGGCAGUUUAUAAAAACAACUAUCGGCAACUAUGAGUUUUUUGUUUUGUUUUUUUUUUUUUUUUUUUUUGCCGAUAACCGGUAGCUCGACAAAGCAACUAUCGGCGCCGAUAUAUCGGUUUUGUCAACCUCUAGUAAUCUACAGUAGGUACUAAUUACUUUUUAGUACUAGUAAUUAGUUUUGGCACUAAUUAGGAAAUGAUUACAAUUUUAGAUAAAGCUCAUUCUGAUUACAAUUUUAGACACGUAAGUAGUAAUUUGUAGUGAAUUACUUUUCUUAUGUAACUUACCCAACACUUGUAAUGCUGUCUCUCUCUCUCCUUCUGUCCGACCCCUGCACAGGUACUCAAAGCUGCAUGCCGUUUUUCCGCUCGGCUCCCAGUUGUACGAGCGGUUCCGUUCCGUUCAGUCGUCGGGAGCAGCUGAACGCCAUCACGGCCUUUGUGGACGCCAGCAUGGUGUACGGAAGCUCGGAUGCACUUGUCGUAGCUCUGCGAAACCUCGUCACUUCAUGGCCUGCUCGUCGUCAACGAGUUUCACAGAGACCAGAGGCCUGGCUUCAUGCCCUACCUGCCCCGAACGCUUCCACACCUGGACCCCUGCGGCCCAUUUCGCAACCAGAGACAGCAGACAAGCCGAACACAACCACUGGAAAUAGAUCAUUCUGCUUCUAAGCAGGUUGUUGGCCCUACGAUAUGCAUUUGUUUUUCUAGAAUUUAAGCUUAAUUGAGAGUACUAUUCAAAUGACAUUUGUUUAAAUUCAACUUGAAACUUAAUUUAACGUAAUGUAAGAGGAUAUUUAAUGAGAAAAUAAUGUAGUGCAAGAUUUUAUUUUGUCCAAGAAUUGAUCGAAUCAUGAAAAGUGGGCGAAUUUGCCAGACAAGUCCGUCUAGUGCAAGUUUACAUUGAAAUGUGAGCGACGCAAAAUGAUGCUUUUGGUGUGAACAGCCCCUUAGAUCUGUUUUGAGGGUGUGGAAAAAGCCGUUUCACCUUAAAAUUGAACGAGAUACAAUUUUGAAAGCACAACUGGACCCUGUUGAAACGAUCUCAACUUUUGGUCGCAUGAAGGAAUGUCACUUUCGCAAACACUUGCCUUUUUUUAUCCACGUCCUAGCUACAAAUUGUAUUUAGAGUGUUUACAUGCACAAUCUUACACUGAUUUUGCUUAAUAAAAUGCUACACAUUACCUCGAUUUUGCAUUGCAUGUAAACACCUUUACCAGCUUAAUUAACCGGUUUAUCCAAUGUGUGCAGUCCUUAAAAAAAUUGAGAGUUCACUACAAAUGUGCCGCAAACUUGCCUCAAACACGCCACUGAUCAUUUUCACAUGCAAAUGAGCUUUGCCGCAAACUUGCAUCAUAUUGUCCAUUGUUGUCCAAGGUUUGCCAGAGGUUCACCACUACCGGUGAAGAGCGGCAAACUUCUGGCAAACAAUUGCAGCAAAUCACAAGCUCAUAUGCAUGCGAAAAUAACGAGCGGCAAAUUUGUGGCAAGUUUGCAGCUUGUUUCGAUUUUUUUGUAAGGGAAGUGAUGUGUGCAUGACUGUUUACAUUUUAACAUCAAAGCAGAAAAUAAUCAGAUGAUUUCAAAUAUUAUGUAAACCUGUCAAGCUAUCAUGAAUAUAAACGCACACAUUUAAAUCAAUGAACUGGCAGCACUCUCUGACCAGAAACGUGUAUUGAGUAAAUAGUAUCAAUUUGAAUUCAUGUUUACUUAAAGUUGAUUGAAUGUAAAAUGUCCUAUGGAAAAAAAGUAAAACAAGUCAAUGUUGUUAUUUCACAAAAAAAAAAAGUGCUGUUUUUGUGGGCGUCUCAGGUGAUUCUCGGGCCAUUGAACACUAUGAUCACUCUGCACACGCUCUUUCUGAGAGAACAACCGAUUGGCUGAGGAACUUCACAUGCUCAAUCCUCAUUGGAGCCCUGACACGCUGUACCUGGAUGCCAGGAAGAUACUGGGAGGGAGUGAGAGCCACACCCGAGAGAACAUUCCUGCAGAUCAUGACCAUAUAA